AUGGUGUGGCGUCGAGUCCGUGUUCUCGCGGUGGUAUCUUCUCUGGCUACCGUCGUGGCCUUCAGAGCUGAAAUCUCGAGCUCGAGCCACCACUACAACCGAAUUAGAACCUCUGCUGCAGUGUCUACUACCUCCGCAGUGCUUAGGUUGUCGGCACCUGCUGCUGCCGAUGUAAUGGCGACGGACGACGGCGAUCGAACCAGCAGAGGUUGGGCGAGCUCCUUGCCUCUGGACUCAGUAGCGGAGGAGGAGGAGGAGGAGGAGGAGGGUUUUUACGAGGAAGAGGCGUUGGUGUCGCCGGUUUCGAUCAAGGUCGUGGGCGUCGGCGGUGGCGGCGGCAACGCCGUGGACGGAAUGAUCACCACGGCCACCCGCAAGCUGUCGGGCGUGGAGUUUGUCGCCAUGAACACCGACACGCAGGCCUUGACGAAGUCUCACGCGGAGGUGAAGAUCGCCCUCGGGUCAAAGGUGACGCGCGGGCUCGGCGCCGGGGGCAAGCCGGAGGUGGGCCUGGCAGCCGCUACGGAGUCUCUGCCCGAGAUCGAGAAGACGCUUGCGGGGGCGGAUCUAGUGUUCGUCACGGCGGGAAUGGGAGGAGGCACGGGCACAGGGGCGGCGCCGGUGAUCGCAUCCGCGGCGAAGGGCAUGGGGUGCGUUACCGUAGCCGUGGUGACCGAGCCCUUCGGGUUCGAGGGGCGGCAGAGGUCUAGGCAGGCGGCGGCGGGUCUGGCCGAGCUCCGGGAGGCGGCGGACACGGUGCUCGUGGUGGCGAACGACAAACUUUUGGAGAUCGUACCGGGGAGGAUGACGAUGAAGGAUGCCUUCCUCGUGGCGGACGACGUCUUGCGACAAGGGGUGAUCGGCACGUCCGAGCUAAUCGUUCGACCGGGCCUGAUCAACGUGGACUUCGCAGAUGUCCGUCAGGUCAUCACCAACUCCGGCACGGCUCUCAUUGGCAUAGGGAUGGGGUCGGGAAAGACUCGCGCGGAGGAUGCCGCGGUCGGGGCGAUAGUCUCGCCGCUUUUGGAGUUCUCCAUCGAUCAGGCGGCCGGCGUGAUUUUCAAUAUUGUCGGGGGAGCCGACAUGUCGUUGACGGAGGUUAACGCGGCGGCGAGCAUCAUCCAGAGAAACGUGCACCCAGACGCGAACAUCAUCAUUGGGGCCCUGGUAGACGAGCGCUGCGGAAAGGAAGUCUCCGUGACCGUCCUGGCGACAGGUUUCAAGGGUCCUCCGGUGUUGACGCCAACGAAGGGGCGCGGGCCACAAGACCACAGCACUCGGGCGCGGUAG